AUGCCCGUGGACGUCUCAAAUAGGCAGUUGCUACCCACUUCAUUUUUAAAUUUGACGUUUUUGCCACAAAACACUGUGAAUAUGCCGCUGUUGGUGUUGACAUUUAUCGUGACUCUGGCCAUCGUGCAAAAGUGUGAUGCGUUUCCUUCCUCUACUAACUCUGAAAAGUCACGAGUUACAUUGCCGAUAACCGAGGACAUCGAAGACUCGGCAAAUGUACCUGCAGGGCUGUCCAUUGGAUGGAGAGCCCAAGACAGCCAGCAUCGCCGACUAGAGCCGUCAGAUCACGCUCAAUCAAAAGUUGAGGAGGAUACAACUGGUGUUAAGAAUGAUAUUAGUGAUCAAGUUCGGCUGGAAUCGACGGAUCUCAGUGCACUCGAGGCUGAAGUUUUGAAACUUUAUCGGGACAUACAUCCCGAAAACCCCGAGGUUUUACAUUUACUUCCGGACGAAGUUGAUUUGAUAAAAUAUGUUCGAGCGACAUAUUCAUUUAAUCAUGAGCUUCCAUCCCGUGAGCUUCCAUCUCGUGAGCUUCCAUUUCAUAAAAGACUAUGGGCGAUGUUGACGAUACUCUUUAAAACACCCGCUAGGGUUACAUCCAGGUAA